GCCCUGUCCUGUAGGACAUUACUGUCCAGAAGGAACAAGCUAUUCAAAACCUUGCCCUCCUGGGACCCUGUUGGCUGUUUUAGGAGGAGCUGCUUUAGCUGAUUGCAGACCUUGCCCAUCCGGUCAUUACUGUACAGGUUACGGCUUGUCAACUCCAUCGGGUGUUUGCAGUGCAGGAUACUACUGUCCAGGAGGGCAGAUUGUGCAACGGCCUUUGGAGUUCACGUGUUCGCCAGGUCAUUUCUGCCCUGAGGGAAGUGCCAAUCAAACUAGCUGUUCGCCAGGCCAUUACCAAUCUAAAUGGGCAACGGAAGAGUGUGAAGUUUGUCCCGCAGGAUUCUUCUGCCAAUCACAAGGAGUUCAUCAACCUAUCAUCUGCCCAUUAGGCUCAUAUUGUCCACCAGGUACUGCAUCUGCAAGCCAGUUCUUCUGUCCUGAGGGUACCUACGGGAAUCGAACCGGGAUGCACAAUGCAUUGGACUGUUUACCUUGUGAUCCUGGAAUGUACUGUCUGGGUUCAGGAAACACUAAGCCAUCUGGACCGUGCAGUGCUGGGUACUUGUGUGUCCAGGGAGCUACUGUACCAACCCCAAAUGAUGGGAUUACAGGAAAGCAGUGUUUACCAGGAUCCUACUGUCCAGCUGGUAGUAUCACAGCACAGCCUUGUCCAAAAGGAACCUUCAGCGAGAAACGAGGACUAACUGGAGCCUCACACUGUCAAUCUUGUACCCCUGGACAGUACUGCAAUGAAAUGGGAGCUACUGCGGUGUCAGGGCCUUGUCAGGCAGGAUUUUUCUGCCUCGAGGGAUCCCAAUCUCCAGCUCCCACUGGUGACAUUUGCCCUCCUGGUCACUACUGUCCCAAAGCUGCGGCCAUACCCAUCCCAUGUCCAUCUGGAACGUUCCGAUCAACAACACAAGGCAAGAGUGAGGAAGACUGUGCACUGUGUCCCUCAGGUUUCUAUUGUAGCAAAAUGGGCAGAGACAGUGCUGGAGAAUUUUGUGACCCGGGAUUUUAUUGUAAGCAGGGAGCAAAGAGUGCCACACCUCUUGACGGCAUUACAGGUGACAUUUGUCCUGUUGGUCACUAUUGCCCAUUGGGUUCUGCUGUGCCAACACCAUGUGAAAAUGGGAAAUUUGUGAACCACACAGGAGCAAAAGAAUGUUUCACCUGCCCUGAAGGAUACCAGUGCACGAACAGAGAACAAGCUGAACCUUGCCCCCAAGGUUCAUACUGUCCGAAGGGUACUGGUGUAUCUCCCCAACCUUGUCCUGUUGGAACAUUUGGAGAAUCCCAGGGACUGAGGAAGAUAACGGACUGUACUCCAUGCCUUGGUGGUUUCUACUGCAGUAGCCUAGGCCUAACACAAACUGAAGGCCCCUGUGAUCCUGGAUUUUAUUGUGUAUCUGGUGUUAAUACUCCACGUCCCUCCAUGCACUUCAAUCACACAGGGAAUGGUGGAGAAUGCAGUGCAGGUGCCUACUGUCCCAGAAAUUCUGCACUACCUACCCCAUGCCCACCUGGGACCUACAACUCUGAAACAGGUCAGGGUAUCUGCCAAAGAUGCUUAGCUGGUUACUUCUGUUUCGGUGGUCUUUCCAACCCCUUUCCACAACAAUGCCCAUCGGGACAUUACUGUCCAGAAUCCACCCGCUUUGCAAAUGAAUAUCCGUGUCCCCCUGGGACCUAUGGCAGUUUGCUUGGCCAACAAAGCUCAGCUGGAUGCUUGUCUUGCCCUCCAGGUCAGUUCUGUGAAGGAAAUGGUUUGAGUACGCCCAGCGGGAACUGCUCUGCAGGUUGGUUUUGUACUGGAGGUGCAUCCACAAGCAAACCCUUGUCUUCAGGUGAAUUAUUAAGCAGUUCCAAUUGUGGCAACCCAGAAAGUGUUUCCUCAGGAAAUCAUUGUCCUUUAGGGUCAUUCUGCCCAGAGGGAUCCUCUCUCCCACAGAAAUGCACAGCAGGAUACUACUGUGAUCAACAUGAGCUUGCUGAACCAAUAGGGCCUUGUGAUGCAGGGUAUUAUUGCCCUAGUGGCAGCACUGAUCAUGCUCCAGACCAAUUCAAGUGUAUUGAAGGGCAUUACUGUCCUGAGGGUUCAGCGGCGCCUGAACCAUGCCCUGAAGCAACGUAUUCCACCACAGCUGGGAACAAGGCAUUGGACAACUGCCUGCCAUGCACACAAGGGUUCUUCUGUGAAGGCACUGGGUUACUUCACCCCACUGGUGUCUGUUCAUCUGGUUACUACUGCCCGGGAGGCCAGAACUCUCCAACCCCAGCAGAUUUCUUGUGCCCUGCUGGGUCAAGGUGUCCAGCAGGAAGUUCCAGUCCCGAACCCUGCCCAAGAGGUUUCUAUCAAGCUCUGACAGGCCAGCCUGACUGCAAUCCAUGCCCUACUGGAACAUAUUGUAGCACAUCGGAUUUGGAGAACGGGGGAAUAAAAAUCCCCCAGCUCUGUCCAUCAGGACAUUUCUGUCCAGUCAAAACAGAAUUUGCUACCCAGUACAAAUGUCCCCGUGGGACUUUCAGCAACAAAGAAGGUCAAACCUCAGCAGCUCAAUGUGAUCCUUGCUCACCUGGCCUUUUCUGCAGCCAAGAAGCUCAGACUGAACCCUCUGGUUCCUGUUCGAAAGGCUUUUACUGCCUUGGAGGAGCCACAACUCCCACCCCAACUGAUGGCGUCACUGGUGACAUUUGCCCAGCGGGCAAGUAUUGUGUGGCAGGCUCUACCACAGGUGUUGAUUGUCCAGUUGGCUAUUACAGCAAUAAAACUGGUUUGACAUCUCCAGAUGAUUGCACCAUUUGUGACCCUGGGUUUUAUUGCAAUCGCCCUGGGAUUACAUCACCCCAAGGUCCAUGUGCAGCAGGGCACUACUGUAAACUGGGUGCUCAAACACCCAAUCCGAACAAUGGGACUGAAGGAUUUCUCUGCCCUGCUGGUUACUAUUGUACAACUGGAACAACAAGACCAGCCUCUUGUCCAGUUGGGACCUACAAUCCUUCAAAAGGGAUGUCUUCAUCAUCUGAUUGUUUACCAUGCAAGCCAGGACAUUACUGUUCAACUGCUGGUCAAGCCCAACCCAGCGGCUUGUGCUUUGAGGGUUUUUAUUGCACCAGAAGUGCCUCCCAGCCUAAUCCACAAGAUGGUCAAAGUGGUGGAAUUUGCCCUGUGGGGUUUUAUUGCAAAGCUGGAGCACAUAAUCCUGUCCCCUGUCCUGCCACAACAUUUCUGAAUCACAGUGGUGGUGUUGAGUGUGUUAUGUGUCCUGCUGGAUUUUACUGCACUCAUGGCAACAGGAUUAAUCUCUGCCCACCAGGAUUCUACUGUCCAGCCAGCACUGGGGUAGAAAUCCCAGCAUGUCCUGUAGGUACGUAUGGAGGCCGUACAGGACUGAAGGAAGAGAAGGAUUGUCUGCCAUGCAAAGGGGGGUUCUACUGUGCCCAAGAUGGCCUUCCAUGGCCUCAGGAGAAGUGUUAUCCUGGGCAUUACUGUACAUCAGGAGUGAACAUCCCCAACCCUGGGCCAACACAGGAGUUCUUGGGAAUAGGUGGAAAGUGUGGUGUUGGACAGCAUUGUCCUGCUGGAUCAGCCCAACCACAGCCAUGUCCAUCAGGAACCUAUGCUGAAGAAGAGGGAAUGGAGUAUUGUCAAAAAUGUCCUCCAGGAUAUUACUGUCAACCUACAGCGGCGACUCCUGAGCCCUGUUUACCGGGUUAUUAUUGUCCCUCUGGAACCGAGGAAGCCACACAGUAUCCCUGUCCUCCAGGAACAUACAACGAAUGGCCAGGUAGUAGAAGUGAGGGGGAGUGCGAGACCUGCCCUCCAGGGCAGCACUGUAGUGGAGUUGGCCUUGCGAAACCUUCUGGGCCUUGUGCUGCGGGUUACUACUGCACAGGGGGAUCUGCAACCAGCGAACCAACCACUAAUAAUUUGGAGUUUAAUACUUUCUUGAACUCCACCUCUGAGUGCACGUUCAGUCUGGAACAAAACCAAAUGACAGGUGGGCUUUGCCCAGUUGGUUGUUAUUGCCCACCAGGAUCUCCCUCUCCAGUACCAUGUGAUGCAGGGACAUACUGUUCAGAUACAAAACUCUCUGCACCAACAGGAGGCUGUAAUGCUGGAUAUUAUUGCAAUACUGGCUCCUCACAGCCUGACCAACACAUCUGUCCUGCUGGUUUUUACUGCCCAGACAGCACAGCGGUUCCUAUACCUUGUCCAGCUGGUACCUACAGCAACAACACUGGGAAUGAAAAGGAAUCAGACUGCCAGCUUUGUCUUAGUGGACAGUUCUGUGAAGGGCAUGGCAAUGUUGCUCCCGAUGGUCCUUGCUUGCAUGGAUUUUAUUGUCCCCCUGGUCAAAGCUCAGCCAGUCCUACUUCAUUCCUCUGUCCACCUGGUCACUAUUGUCCUAGUGGAACUUCCAUUCCACUUGCAUGCCAGGGAGGAACUUACCAAGAGCAGGAAGGCCAAGAGAUCUGUGAAUCAUGUCCAGCUGGUUUCUUUUGUGAAUUCUCCAAUGGUUCUGGUGGGAAUGUUCCUGAACUGUGUCCUAUGGGCUUCGUCUGCCCUCCUGGCACUGCUUUGGGUACAGAGCAUCCCUGUGCUGCGGGUACAUAUGGUCCUUUGCCCGGUGCAGCGAAUGAGGCAGGCUGUUUACCCUGUUCACCAGGUAUGUUUUGUGCUUCCAGUGGUCUCUCCAACCCCAGUGGACUGUGUUAUCCUGGAUAUUACUGUACUGGAAGUGCCGUCACUCCGACUCCCAGCAAACAUUGGGUAUAAUCUGCACAGAAAUAUUGGAAUCAGAAUGAAUUAAAAUAAUGUUUGAACCAA